UUACACAAACGAAGAAGAACAAGACGGAACAGGAAGUGGCGACACUGAGGAUUGUUGACAAAACCAGCUAGCUUUUGCUAGAUGGUAUGAUAUUUCAUUGACAUUUUACGAAAGCUUUCGUUCAUAAUGAGUUCUCCAGAAGACAGGCAUGGGACAAAACGACCUGCGUCUCCAAGUGAAGAUGGGUCUACCCAGUGGGCAUCAGCUGAUCUGGGAAGCAGUGAAAGGAGGCAGAAGUUUUUACGGUUGAUGGGCGCUGGCAAGAAAGAACACACCGGGCGCCUUGUUAUUGGUGACCACAAGUCGACAUCCCACUUCCGCAGUGGGCAAGAAGAUAAGAAGAUCAACGAGCAGCUAGAGAUGCAGUACCAGCAAGGUAUGGAUGGGAAGCUGUCAGGCCGGAACCGGAGACACUGUGGCCUGGGUUUCAGCGAGCCUGACCCAGAGCCAGAGUCGUUUCCCUCCCCACCAGUGGACAAACAGACAGAAGCAACUGAGCCAGAGAAGUCCGCCACUGAAAAAGAACCCACAGACACCCAGGACAAGGGCUGCAAUCCCAACCCAAAGGACAGCUCAGACCAAGCCAAGCCUAGCUCGGACAGUGGGAAUAAAGAACGGAAACAUGGCUACAAAACAGCCUUUGUAAAGUCAGUGUAGGUGUGCAGGGAGGAAUUCGUUUUUGUAAUCUCAAAUUUGUACAUUUUGACGUUAUUUGUUUAACUGUAGGUGAUCACCCACCAUUGUAGUCCUUUUUACUGUGUAGAAAUGGGUUCUCUACACAAGCACUCAUCAUUGGGCAACAUUCUGGUAUGCAUGUUGUCAAAGAAUUAAGUCUGCAGGCUAAACGUCAGCUUUUGGUUGAGUUGUGUUCUAUCAUUUUAAGAUUGCAAAUGGUCCAGUUUUUAUUUCGUUUGAACAUUUUAACAGUCACUGCAUUUGCCACGAGUUGUUGGACAAAACAGGAUUGCUUGCCCUUCAGCAUGAUUGGUUUACACAUUGUACAUUUUGUGAUUUCUUGUUUAAAAACCAAUAAAAAGAAGUGUCAGAUGUAA